GUACUUCAAAAAUGUAGUUAAAGUCGUAAAAUUUUGACAACCCUGUUCUGAAGGCUGAGCAACAACAACUGAAAGCAAAAUCUAAUAAACACUGAUAAAUUAUCAGAUUAUCAUAUAUUCAAGACAUUGCAAAGCAAAUGCAAGAAUGCGAAAUCUCUUCAAACGCUAUCGGUUGUUUUCAACAUUCCACAGUCACUGGAUUGCAGCCAGGUGUUUUUGCAAUGAACCUGCUACAAAGGAUGUGACUUGUGUCUUGGGUAAACGUUAUCCAGUUGACAGUUGGACCAAUGUAUCUCCAUCAAUCAUUGGAAAGUUGGGAACCAACCUUCACACCCAGAAACAUCAUCCUUUAGGGCUUCUUAAACUCCAGAUACAGAACUUCUUUUACAAAACUUAUGUGAAAAGAAGUGGCAAUCCGAUUUUCUCUGUUUAUGAUAACAUUAGUCCAGUUGUAACUCUUGAACAAAAUUAUGACCAUCUAUUGGUACCAAAAGACCAUCCCAGUCGUAAGUGGUCAGACAGCUACUACAUAAAUUGUUGCUACAUGUUGAGAGCACACACAACAGCUCAUCAACACGAUCUCAUUUCAAGUGGACUAGAUAGUUUUCUGAUUGUGGGUGAUGUAUAUAGGAGGGAUACGAUAGAUUCAACACAUUAUCCUGCUUUCCACCAGUUAGAUGGAGUUAGGCUUUUCUCCAAACAUGAGUUGUUCUCAAAUGUAGAUGAGAUUGACUCUCUGCAUCUGUUUGAAAAUGGGUUGAAGACAGAUUUGAAGCAGGGAGAACAUACAUUAGAGGCAGCACUUGUUGUAAGCAACCAGUUGAAAUCUACGCUACAAAAUCUUGCUAAAUCACUGUUUGGGAAAGAUAUUGAGUAUCGUUGGGUAGAGGAGUAUUUUCCAUUCACACAUCCUUCCUGGGAGCUUGAAAUUAUGUAUAAAGGCAAGUGGAUGGAAGUUUUAGGAUGUGGGGUCAUACGCCAAGAGAUUUUACAGAAAGCUGGAGCAGUAGACAAAGUAGGUUGGGCAUUUGGUAUGGGAUUGGAGCGUCUGGCGAUGAAGCUGUACAACAUUUCUGACAUACGUUUGUUCUGGAGCAAGGACCCAAGAUUCACCAACCAAUUCAAGGUGGAAGAUCCCAGUACUCAAAUUAAAUUCAAGCCACUCAGUAAACACCCAGAAUUGAAAAAUGACAUUUCAUUUUGGAUUCCUGCCAAUUAUGAGGAGAACAAUUUCUAUGAUCUUGUACGUUCUGUAGGAGGAGAUCUUAUAGAAAAUGUAGAACUGAUUGAUGAGUUUGAGAACAAAAAAUCUGGGAAAACAAGUCACUGCUACAGAUUGAUAUACAGACAUAUGGAGAGACCACUGACACAGGAUGAAGUCAAUUUAGUGCACCAGAAAAUAGCAACAGAUGCUACUAGUAAUCUUGGAGUAGUGAUUAGAUAAACUUCUAUUUGAAUCACCUUUUUCUUUACAAGGUGUUCUUUGAUGUAAAACAAUACCAUUGAUUUUAUACAUCAUUGUAAAGAUUUUAUGGGUGGUGACAGGAACAUUUUUAGUUUUGAUUAUUUUUGAAUAUAUGGUUAAAAAGUGGUUUUGGUGGGCUGUUUUCCAUUGUAAAUUUCAGCCAUUUUUGAUACUAGAUUAAAAAAAGGUCAUUGGACUCGCCCGUGCGCAGGCGUCCUGAUUUGGUUAAGGUUUGGUAUGUAACUUGGUAUCUCAGUAACCACUUGUGGGAAUGGAUUGAAACUUCACACACUUAUUCACUGUGAUAAACUGACUUACAUUACACAGGUUCCAUAACUCUAUUUUGCAUUUUUACAAAAUUAUGCCCCUUUUUCGACUUAGCAGUUUUUGGUUAAGUUUUUGUAUGUAAGCUGGUAUCUCAGUAUCCACUAAAGGGAAUGGAUUGAAACUUCACACUUGUUUACUGUCAUUAUUCUGACAUGCACUAAGCAGGUCCCGUAAAUCUGCUUUGCAUUUUUGCACAGGUUCCAUAACUCUACUUUGCAUUUUUACAAAAUUAUGCCCCUUUUUCGACUUGGCAGUUUUUGGUUAAGUUUUUGUAUGUAAGCUGGUAUCUCAGUAUCCACUAGUGGGAAUGGAUUGAAACUUCACAUACGUGUUCACUGUCAUGAUCUAACAUGCACUGUGAAGGUCCUGUAAUGCUACUUUGCAUUUUUACAAAAUUAUGCCCCUUUUUCGACUUGGCAGUUUUUGGUUAAGUUUUUGUAUGUAAGCUGGUAUCUCAGUAUCCACUAUUGGGAAUGGAUUGAAACUUCACACACUUGUUCACUGUCAUCAUCUGACUUGCACUAAGCAGGUCCCAUAACUCUACUUUGUUUUGUUUUUUCAAAAUUAUGCCCCUUUUUUGACUUAGCAGUUUUUGGUUAAGUUUUUGUAAGUAAGCUGGUAUCUCAGUAUCCACUUAUGGGAAUGGAUUGAAACUUCACACACUUGUUCACUGUCAUGAUAUGACAUGCAGAGCAUGCAAUAACUCUUCUUUUCAUUUUUACAAAAUUAUGCCCCUUUUUCAAGUUAGCAGUUUUUGGUUAAAUUCUUAUAUGUAAGCUGGUAUCUCAGUACCCACUAAUGGGAAUGGAUUGAAACACAUACUUGUCCACUGUCAUGAGCUGAUAAGCACUGUGCAGGUUCCAUAACCCUGUUUUGCAUUUUUACAAAAUUAUGACCCUUUUCCGACUUUUGUAUUCAUUCAAUUGACAAGGCUGUUGAAUAGACGAGCGUUGCUGUCCUCCGACAGCUCUUGUUCCCCUAUUGGUUGAAAACCAGUUUCGGGACUGUAGAAUUGCGCUUUUCCAUCUGUCAUUCAGUCAUUCCAUCCAUAUGCAGUUUUAUGUCCAGUCAAUAACUUCGUCAUUCAAAAUGGUCCAUAACUCUGUCACUCACCAAGGAAUUUUAAUUAUGUCUCCCCCCCCCCCUCCACCCUCCACUGGGGGAGACAUACUGUUUUUGCCCUGUCCAUCCUUCCGUCUGUCUGUCACACUUCAUUUCCGACUUCAUAGGGUGGCAGGGAUUACGGAGUAGACGACCCCUAUUGUUUUUGGGGUCACUCCAUCAAAGGUCAAGGUCACAGGGGCCUGAACAUGGAAAACCAUUUCCAGUCAAUAACUUAAGAAUCACUUGACCUAGAAUGUUGAAACUCCAUAGGAUGAUUGGUCUUGCAGAGUAGAUGACCCCUAUUGAUUUUGGGGUAACUCUGUUUAAGGUCAAGGUCACAGGGGCCUGAACAUGAAAAACCAUUUCCGAUCAUUAACUUGAGAACCACUUGACCCAGAAUGUUGAAACUUCUUAGGAUGAUUGGACAUGCAGAGUAGAUGACCCCUAUUGAUUUUAGGGUCACUCUGUUCAAGGUCAAGGUCAUAAGGGCCUGAACAUGGAAAACCAUUUCCGAUCAAUAACUUGAGAACCAAUUGACCAAGAGUGUUGAAAUUUCAUAGGAUGAUUGGACAUGCAGAGUGGAUUAACCCUAUUGAUUUUGGGGUCACUCUGUUAAAGGUCAAGGUCACAGUGGACAGAACAUGGAAAUUCAUUUCCAGUCAGUAACUUGAGAACCAUUUGACCUAGAACCUUCAGACUCCAAAGGGUGGCAGGGCUUAUGGAGUAGAUGACCCCUAUUGUUUUGGAGGUCACUCCAUCAAAGGUCAAUGUCACAGGGGCCUGAACAUUGAAAACAAUUUCCGAUCAAUAACUUGAGAACCACUUGAGCCAGAAUGUUGAAACUUCAUAGGAUGAUUAGACAUGCAGAAUAGAUGACCCCUAUUGAUUUUAGGGUCACUCUAUUAAAGGUCAAGCUCACAGUGGACAGAACAUUGCAAUCCAUUUCCGGUCAAUAAUUGAAAACCAUUUGACCUAGAACCUUCAGACUUCAUAGGGUGAAAGGACUUACAGAGCAGAUGAUCCCUAAUGUUUUUGGGGUCAUGCCAUCAAAGAUCAAGGUCACAGGGGGCUGAACAUAGAAAACUCUUUCCAAUCAAUAACUUUAGAAUCACUUGACCCAGAAUGUUGAAACUUAUUAGGAUGAUUGGACAUGCAGAUUAGAUGACCCCUACUGAUUUUGGGGUCACUUGAUCAAAGGUCAAGGCCACAGGGGCCUGAACAUAGAAAAUAUUUCCAAUUCAUAACUUUAGAACUGCUAGACCCCAAAUGUUGAAACUUAGUGGGAUGAUUUGACAUGCAAAGUAGAUGAUCCCUAUUGCAGCCAACCAUCAGUGUCUCUUUGACUUUUGCUCCUGUGCCCUAUUGACUUCUUGCCUAUACGACUAUGCAGUGGGGGAGACAUGCGCUUUUCUACAAAAGCAUCUUCGAGUUAUACCACCACAAAACGAAGUUUAGGGGGGUAUAUAGGAGUGAGCUUUGCGGUCGAUCGGUCGGUCGGUUGGUCCAUUGGUUGUUGUGGUUUCAGGAUGAUAACUCAUGAAAGGACUGACCGAUUUGAAUAAUUUUUGUUACACAGGUGUAACAUCAGAAAAUACAGGUCAAGUUAGAAUUUGGGGUCAAUAGGUUAAAGGUCACCCUGAACAGUUAAACCGUUUCCGGAUGAUAGCUUGAGAACACUUGGGCCUGUGAUAAUAUAUUUUGGUACACAGGUGUUACAUCAUAAAAUACAGGUCAGGUUUGACUUUGGGGUCUGUUGGUCAAAGGUCAAGGUCAAAGUGACUUGGAACAGUUAAACUGUUUCCGGAUGAUAACUCGAGAACACUUGGGCCUAGGAUCAUAAUUUUUGGUACACAGGUGUAACUUGAAAUACAGGUCAAGUUCGACUUUGAGGUCUGUAGGUCAAAGGUCAAGGUCACAGUGACUCGGAACAGUUAAACUGUUUCAAGAUUACAGAUAACUUGAGAACGCUUGGGUCUAGGAUCUUAAAUUUUUGUACACGGGUGUAACAUGAUUAAAUACAGGUCAUGUUCGACUUUGAAGUUAGUAGGUCAAAGGCCAAGGUCACAAAAACACAAAACAGUUAAACUGUUUCCGGGUGAUAACUUGAGAACAUUUGGGCCUAGGAUCAUGAAAACUGAUAGCAAGGUUGGUUAUGACCAGCAGAUGACCUCUAAUGAUUUUGAGGUCAACAGGUCAAGGUCACAGUGACCCGGAACAUUUAAACGGUUUUCAGACAAUAACUUCACAACGCUUGGGACUAGGAUCACAAAAUUUAAUAGGGAGGUUGGUCAUAACCAGCAGAUGACCCGUAAUUAUUUUGGGUUCCAAAGGUCAUAGGUCAUUUAAACCUUUUCCAGACAAUAACUUGAGAACGCUUGGGCCAAGAAUCAUGAAACUUCAUAGGGAGGUUGAUCAUGACCAGCAGAUGACCUCUAUUGAUUUUGAGGUCAGUAGGUCAAAGGUCAAGCAAGUUCAGCUUUGACAUUGGCUUUGUUCUGUGACAAGGCCAUAUUGUGGGGGUAUAAUUCGUCACUCCUGUGACAACUCUAGUUUUACUUGGCCUUGGCUCUAAUAUUUUCCAUGAUGAGAUGAUGUGUUAUGUGCCAAAGCCAGAUCUCGAGCUCUAAGGUCAAGGUCAGACUUGAAGGUCAAAGGUGAACAAGGCUUUUUUCUUGUUGGGUCUGUAACUCAAGAACCCAUUAAGGGUUUUUAGCUCACCAGAGCACAAAGUGCUCAAGGUGAGCUAUUGUGACCGGUCAUUGUCCGGUGUCCGUCGACGUCCGUUAACAUUUGCCUUGUGAACACUCUAGAGACCACAUUUUUGACCCAAUCUUUAUGAAACUUGGUCAGAGAGUUUUUCUUGAUGAUCUCUAGGUCAAGUUCGAAACUGGGUCAUGUGGAGUCAAAAACUAGGUCAGUAGGUCAAAUCAUAGGAAAAGCUUGUGAACACUCUAGAGACCACAUUUUUGACCCAAUCUUUAUGAAACUUAGUCAGAAUGUUUGUCUUGAUGAUCUCUAGGUCAAGUUUGAAUCUGGGUCAUGUGGGGUCAAAAACUAGGUCAGUAGGUCAGAUCAAUGGAAAAGUUUGUGAACACUCUCGAGGCCACAUUUUUGACCCAAUCUUUAUGAAACUUGGUCAGAGUGUUAGUCUUGAUGAUCUCUAGGUCAGGGUCGAAACUGGGAUAUGUUGGUUCAAAAACUAGGUCAGUAGGUCAGAUCAAAGGAAAAGCUUUUGAACACUCUAAAGACCACAUUUUUGACCCAAUCUUCAUAAAACUUGAUCAGAAUGUUUGUCUUGAUGAUCUCUAGGUCAAGUUCGAAACUGGGUCAUGUGGAGUCAAAAACUAGGUCAGUAGGUCAAAUCAUAGGAAAAGCUUGUGAACACUCUCGAGACCACAUUUGUGACCUAAUCUUUUUGAAACUUGGUCAGAAUGUUUGUCUUGAUGAUUUCUAGGUCAAGUUCGAAACUGGGUCGUGUGGGGUCAAAAACUAGGUCAGUAGGUCAGAUCAAUGGAAAAGCUUGUGAACACUCUAGAGACUACAUUUUUGACCCAAUCUUUAUGAAACAUGGUUUAAACUUUAGUCUUGAUGAUCUCUAGGUCAAUUUUGAAACUCGGUCAUGUGGGGUCAAAAACUAGGUCACCUGGCCAGAUCAAAGGAAAAGCUUGUGAACACUUUAGAGGCCACAUUUGUGCCUCAAUCUUUAUGAAACUGAGUCAGAAUGUUUGUCUUUAUCAUUUCUAGGUCAGAUAUGAAUCUGGGUCAUGUGCGGUCAAAAACUAGGUCACUAGGCCAGAUCAAAGGAAAUUCUUUUCAACACUCUAGAGACCACAAUUUAAGUUUGAAACUUGUGGGAAUUAGUCAGAAUGAUUGUUUUGAUAAUCAAUAGGUCAAGUUUGAAUCUGUGUCAUUUGAGGUCAAAAACUAGGUCUCCGGUCAAAUCAAAGGAAAAGCUUGUGAACACUCUAGAGGCCACAGUUGUACCAAAUUUUUACCAAAUUUAGUCAGAAUGUUUGUCUUGAUGAUCUUUGGGUCAAGUUCAGUCUUGGUCAUUCGGGGUCAAAAACUAGGUCAGUAGGCCAGAUCAACUCUGGUGAGCGAUGUAUAGGGCCAUCAUGGCCCUCUUGUUAAUAUCACUUGGCACAAAUGUACCUCAUAACUAGGCAAUUUGUCCUGCAAAAAAUUCUGUCCCUUAGCUUAAAGGUCAAAGUCACACUUGGCAGUCAACUGUUAACAUGGCAUUAAGAAGGUCUGAUUUGUGUCCAGUCCAGAACUCGGUCAUCUAUCAAAGUAUUACAAUAUACCAUGGCAUAAAUGUUUCCAAUAACUAGACAACAUGUCUUGUGCAAACCUAGAACCCUAGCUCAAAGGUCAAGGUCACAUUUUGAGAUCAAAGGUCAAUAGGGUUGUUUUUCCUGUCUUGUCCAUAACUUUGUCAUGCAAAACAGGAUUUAAAUAUUAGUUGGAAAAAUAUUCCCCUUGAUGAGACGAGGUGUCAUGCACAAAACACCCCUAGCUUGAAUGUCAAGGUCACACUUGGAGGUCAGAUGUAAACGGCUUAUUUUCCCUAUCUGGUCUGUAACCCGACAAUCUAUAAAGGGAUUUUAAUAUUACUUCUUACAAAUGUUCCCUAUAAGAUGAUGUGUCAUGUGCAACACUCAAACCCCUAUGUCAAAGGUCAAGGUCACACUUAGAGGUCAAAGGUCUGUAGGUAUUUAGCUCAGGUUUUCAGAUCGCUCGCUUGAUGUCCGGCAUCCGGCAUCUGUCUGUCGUCCGUCGUCCGUCAACAUUUAGCUUGUGUAUGCGAUAGAGGCUGUAUUUUUCAACUGAUCUUCAUGAAAUUUGGUCAGAAUGAUUACCUUGAUGAAAUCUAGGACGAGUUCAAAAAUGCGUCAUCUGGGGUCAAAAACUAGGUCACUAGGUCAAAUCAAAGAAAAACCUUGUGUAUGCAAUAGAGGCUGUAUUUUUCAACUGAUCUACAUGAAAUUUGGUCAGAAUGAUUACCUUGAUAGAAUCUAGGCCGAGUUCGAAAAUGGGUCAUCUGGGAUCAAAAACUAGGUCACUAGGUAAAAUCAAAGAAAAAUCUUAUGUAUGCAAGAGGCUGUAUUUUUCAAUUAAGGUUCAUGAAUUUUGGUUAGAAUGAUUACCUUGAUGAAAUCUAGGCCAGGUUCGAAAAUGGGUCAUCUGGGAUCAAAAGCUAGGUCACUAGGUCAGAUCAAAGAAAAACCUUUUGUAUGCGAUAGAGGCUGUAUUUUUCAAUUGAUCUUCAUGAAAUUUGUUCAGAAUGAUUGCCUUGAUGAAAUCUAGGCCAGUUACGAAUAUGGGUCAUCUAGGGUCAAAAACUAGGACAAUAGGUCAAAUCAAAGAAAAACCUUGUGUAUGCAAUAGGGGCUGCAUUUUACACCGGAUCUUCAUGAAAUCUGAUCAGAAUGUUUGUCUGGAUGAAAUCUAGGUCGAAUUUGAAUAUAGGUCAUCCAGGGUCAAAAACUAGGUCACCCAGUCAAAUUAAAGAAAAACCUUGGGUACGCAAUAGGGGCUGCAUUUUACACUGGAUAUACAUAAAAUUUAGUCAGAAUGAUUGCCUUAAUGAAAUCUAGGUCAAGUUAGAAUAUAUGUCAUCUUUGGUUAAAAACUAGGUCACUAGGUCAAAUCAAAGAAAAACCUUGUGUAUGCGAUAGACUGUAUUUUCCAAUCGAUCUUCAUGAAAUUUGGUUAGAAUGAUAGCCUUGAUGAAAUUAGUCAAUUUUGAAUACGGGUCAUCUGGGGUCAAAAACUAGGUAGCUAGGACAAAUCAAAGAAAAAGGUUUUUUAUGCGAUAGAGGCUGUAUUUUUCAAUUGAGGUUCAUGAAAUUUAGUCAGAAUGAUUACCUUGAUCAAAUCUAGGUCAAGUUUGAAUGUAGGUUACCUUAGCUUAAAAACUAGGUCACUAUGUCAAAUUACAUAUUGUAUAUAUAUAUAUAAUACAGUAUUUUAUUUUAUGCUAACUGAUGAAAUACUGUGUUUUAUCAGUGAGAUAUAAUCCAUAUCACUCACUGUAAAUGCCGAUCUACUUGUACAUUGUGUAUGAAUUUUAAAUUAUUUGCUUAAAACAGGAUGAAAAUUGUAGUCGCACUUUGUUCUUUAUAGUAAAUUUCUCGAUUCAAAUUACAAAUGUAUUUUACUUAAUGAGAAUUUCAUAACAUUAAGCAGCAAAAAUUAAAAUAAAAUGGAACUUUAUGUUGCAUGCGUCUUUCUAACCUCACAAAACGUCUGACAUCAUGUCUGUUUACGCGCGUCAGUUUCCCGCGCUGAGAUUAAAAUUUAUUUGAAAAUGCACAUCUCAGCGUAAUUAAGCAUAAAAUAAAAAGAAAAUUUGUUUGUUUUUCGUGAAUAUGGAAUAUAUCUCACCUCGAAGUGAGAAAAUUUUCACAUUUUCACUCACGCUAAGCGCACUUGAAAAUAUUUGUAAUUUUCUCACUUCGAGGUGAGAUAUAUUCCAUAUUCACGAAAAACAAACCAAUAUCCUCUAUGUUUAUACAUUAUUGGCAGAUAUCAGAUCAUUAUUUUAUACUGCAGUAGAGAAAAUUAGUUGCCUUCGAGUGGGGGACUUUGUAUUGCCAUGAUGGCUAUACAUGUACUUCAUUCACUUGUUUGUAUUUGAAUUGUUACAAAACUUGCAGUCUCAUAUGGUUCUGGGAUAACAACUUAUGUGUGAAAAGACUGAGAACCACUACCUUACCCUAGAUUGAUCAUCAGAGGAAACUAUUUGGGUUUGAACACAUGGUUUUGCUGUACCUCUGUGAUUCCAGCAGGUAUAAAGUUUUGAUUUCAUACCUCAUAUUUUUAUUUCGAUGUAAAUGAGAUGUGAAACCAAAAUUUUUUUGUCCUGUUUGGUGCCAUAUAACCUCUACUGUGUUGAUGUGCGCUUAAACCCACAUCAAAUCAAAUUAAAACUUUCAUGAUGUCUUAACUAGUAUAAAACAGACAUGGUGAUGGAUUACUGUUGUGUGCAAUUGAUUGUCAAUUUAUUUAUUAAUAAUUAAUUACAUGAGUCAAAUUCAUGUAAUUGAUUAUUAUUUGAUUAUUAUUUGGAUGUAUAAUCAAUUACUUUGACUGAAGUGAUCGUGAUUUCAUGAUGUGUACAAUUACUUUAAAUCAAUUAAAAACUUAUGUGCAAUUGUGAAAUUUCCUUUAAAGGAUUAUGCACUAUCACAAAUACAGAAUUAUAUAGGUUCAUCAAACUAGCACUGUCGGUUGGUCGGUCAGUAUGUUGACCAAUCAGUUUCCAGAUGAUAACUCAAUGCUUGGGCUUAGGGUCUUGAAAGUUGAUAGGUAGGUUGGUCAUGACCAGCACAUGACCCCUAUUGAUCUUGAGAUCAGUAGGUCAAAGGUCAAGGUACUGUUAAAUGGUUUCUGGAUGAUAACUUGUGAAUGCUUGGGCCUAGGAUCACAAAGCUAAAUAGGGUGGUUAAUCAUGACCAGCAGAUGACCCCUAUAGAUUUUGAAGGUCACAUUGACCCAGAACAGGUCUAUGGUUUCCAGAUGAUUACUCAAGAAUGCUUGAGCCUAGGAUCAUGAAAGUUGAUAGGGAAGUUGGUUGUGACCAGCAGAUGACCCCUAUUGAUUCUGAGAUCAGUAUUCAGUAGAUCAAAAGUCAAGGUCACAGUGACCCAGAACAGUAAAAGGGUUUCUGGACGAUAACUUGAGAACGCUUGGGCCUAGGAUUACGAAACUUGUUAGAGAGGUUGAUCAUGACCAUCAUCAAAGUAGCACAGUUGGUAUAAUGUCGGUCUUUACUGUGUUUGGUGCUGCGACAGCAUCUGUUUCUAUGUUAUAUAAAUGCAGUGAAGCAAUAACUGAAUCUAUUUCCUCCAUGUGGUAGCCAGUUUUCACAGCAGAGCUAUCAAAUUGUUCAUGUUUAGCAAGAAAUGCAUCUUUUGCAGAUGUAAAGACUUGCAGAAGCAAUUGAUUAUUGAUAUCUUUUUGGCAUCUGUUGCAAAACAGACUGUGGCUUCAAAUGUUUAUACAGAUUAUCUGGUGGCAUCGCUGUUAUAGUACAUGGCGGUUUGUGGAGAUAUGGGCCACUGUGAGAAAAAUAUUGAGAAAUAAAGAGACCUAUAUCACAUUGUAGAUUGAAGUGAGUUCAUAUCCUAAUUUCCCAUGUAUCUCUUUCUGGACACGCGACUGGAAAAAGUUCAUGAAGUCAUAAAUAUGGCGGCUUAAGAGAAAAUGAAAAAGGCAGAAAAUGCAUGACUGCUGAAUAAUUAUGUCAUCAAAAACUAUGUUUUAAUUGUAAUAAUGGUAUUUUUUGAAAGGUAAUGUUUGUUCUAGCAGAUAAAACAUUUUUAUGAAAAAGAAGAUGGAAUUUAUUAUGCUUAAAGUGGCAUUAUGCACAUCUUACUGCACAUUGUGUGUUUAGUUGAAUGUUUUAUAACAACAAUUUUCGGUUCCUGUGCAUUUAAAUAUGUUAAAUUAAUGAUAAUGCCACAUAAAUAUUUGAAGUUGAUGCUUUAGAAAUAAAGAAAUUGGACUAAUAAAUUAA